AUGCACUAUUACAACCUCGGUUGUCAUGGCGGUAUGUACCAGAGGAAGCUCUACCACGACCUCAUGGUCAACUACAAUCGGCUGGAGAGACCCGUCCAGAACGACUCAGCCCCCAUCGUGGUGGACCUAGGCCUCACACUGCUGCAAAUCAUUGAUGUGGAUGAAAAGAACCAAGUGUUGAUCACAAACGCCUGGCUGCAGCUGUACUGGACAGAUAUUUACCUUUCAUGGAACCCAGAGAGCUACCCCGGGGUGCAGAACCUUCGCUUCCCUUCUAAUCUGAUAUGGGUUCCAGAUAUCCUCCUCUACAACAGCGCUGAUGAGAGGUUUGAUGCAACGUUCCAUACAAAUGUGCUGGUCAAUGCCUCAGGGGCCUGCCAGUACAUCCCACCAGGCAUCUUGAAGAGUACCUGCUACAUCGACGUACGGUGGUUCCCAUUUGAUGUACAGAAGUGUGACCUGAAGUUUGGCUCCUGGACUCACAAUGGCUGGCUGCUGGACCUCCAGAUGAUGGAUGUAGACAUCUCUACCUACAUACCCAAUGGGGAGUGGGACCUCGUAGGUGUGCCAGCUAAGCGUAAUGAGCUGUACUACGACUGCUGUAAAGAACCCUACCCCGAUGUGACGUUCACAGUCACCAUGCGCCGCAGGACACUUUACUACGGCCUCAACCUGCUCAUCCCCUGCGUGCUCAUCUCUGGUCUGGCUCUGCUGGUCUUCCUGCUCCCUGCUGACUCCGGAGAGAAGAUCUCACUGGGCAUCACAGUGCUGCUGUCUCUGACGGUGUUCAUGUUACUGGUAGCAGAAAUCAUGCCUGCCACUUCAGACUCUGUUCCUCUGAUUGCUCAGUACUUUGCUAGUACCAUGAUGAUUGUGGGCUUGUCUGUGGUGGUAACAGUCCUGGUACUACAGUUCCAUCACCAUGAUCCCCAUGGAGGGAAGAUGCCUAAAUGGGUUCGAGUCAUCCUCCUCAACUGGUGUGCUUGGUUCCUCCGCAUGAAGAAGCCUGGAGAGGAAACCAAAACAGCUAUGAGCUCUAGGAACCCCCCAAACUACAAGUACUCCCAUCCUCCUCCUCACCACACCAGCACCAGCAGCAUUCAGAUGAGCACCAUACCUGGCCAGGCAUCCACCCAGUCAACCACGACCAAUGGGAGCAUGAACCUGUACUUUGGCUACCACUCAAUGGGCACAGACAGCCCUGCUUUCCCACCGAGCACAGAUUCAGGUGUGGUGGUGUGCGGCGGUGGUGGAGGAGGAGUUGGCCACCCUAACAGCUCAUCCCCACACGACAUCCACUCAGAGCAGACGCGGACAUUACUGCUGGAGCAGGUCCCGGAAAUUUCCCAGAUCCUGGAGGAAGUGCAGUACAUUGCGAGGCGCUUCCGAGAGCAGGAUGAGGGAGAGGCGAUCUGCAGCGAGUGGAAGUUUGCGGCGGCGGUGGUGGAUAGGUUAUGCCUGGUGGCCUUCUCGCUCUUCUCCAUCAUCUGCACCUUCACCAUUCUCAUGUCGGCUCCCAAUUUCAUUGAGGCUGUGUCCAAAGACUUCACAUAA